AUGGUUCGUAUAGCGGUGAUUGGAUGUGGUGUCAUGGGUAUUAAAAUUGCCGGAAAUUUUUCUUAUUUUGGUCAUAUAGUAAAAAUGUAUGACGCUGAUUUAAAACAAUUAGACUCUGUUUGUGAACGAAUACAUGCUGAUGAAGAUGAGCUAUAUCGUGAUGGUUUAAUCGAAGUCCCAAAAUUUGUGGGCCAAAUAUUAUGUUUUAGUCGUUUAGAAGAUGCUGUCAAAGAUGUAGAAUUUGUGUUUGAAUGUAUUAUUGAAAAUCUUGAAAUAAAGCAAGCGAUAUUCGACAAAGUUGAGUUGAAUCCGACAAAGGACACAAAACCGCUUAUCUUAGAUGAAGAACAACGUGACGCUCGACGACAAGCACGAAUUGAAUCCUUAAAAAAGAAUAGUGCUAUUGUCGUACUGCGUGGUCGUUCAUCAUUACCCGAACUGAAUACAGCGAGGAAUGCUCGAAAUGAAUAUUUUGAGUUUGCUCCAUCGAACGAGAAUGAUUGUGCCAUCUGUAUGGAUCGUCAACGAAAUGCUGUAAUACGUUCAUGUAAUCAUUUUGUUGCCUGUUAUGAAUGUGCAAGAUUAUUACAUGCCAGAAAAGACUCAUGUCCGCUGUGCCGUAAACGAAUUGAUGACGUCAUAAGAGUUUAUACGUAA